AUGGGGACGCUUCAGGACUUUCAUACUUUAGUGACUCACAUGUUAAGCGGAGAAAAUGAGACGAGAAAUAUAGCAGAAAAGCAAUAUGAUCAGAUUCCCAACACGACUAAGGGGCAACUUCUUUUCCAUCUUUUCUUGGAUCACUCUGCAAGUACAGAGGUUCGGGCUUUGUGUAUGGUUUUGCUGCGACGGGCACUGUCCUCACAUUGGGAUGAGAUUUGGGGAGCUUGGGAUGAGGAGACUCGAGAACAGUUCUGUAACCAACUUUUGAAAUCAGCAGCAGAAGAAAAAACUCCCUUGUUAAGGAAAAGAUUAGCAGAUGUUAUUGCUGAAGUCGCCAGAUAUACUUUAGAUGCUGAUAAUGGAAGGCAGACGUGGACGGGUGUUUUGCAGUUUUUAGAGUUGUGUAGAACUUCUCAGUUGGCAACUCUAAGAGAAACUGGGAUGAUUUUGAUUGAAAAUAUGCCAUCUAUUUUUGGAGUUGAACAGUGUAAUUAUCUUCCUGGAAUCAAACAGAUGUUUCAAACUUCUUUAUUAUACGCUGCAGAAAGUUCAGUUCGUACCGCAGCAGUUAGAGCCUAUGUAGCAUUUAUGUGUGAAAACGAAGAUGACGACAAAGUUUUGAAGGCAUUGUCUGAUCAGGUCUCGGCUGUGAUACAGGUUUGCCAGCACGUAGUAGCCACAGAAAAUGACGAUGAUGUUCCAUUGCAGUGCCUAUGUGAUCUUGCUACAAGUAUUCCUAAAACUUUACAGCCACAUCUCAACAGUAUAUUUGAACUAUGUUUGUCGACUGUCGCCCAUGAACAAAAAGAUGAUAUUUAUCGCCAUAGUGCGUUGGAGGUGCUUGUUUCACUCUGUGAAAGUGCUACUGCAAUGGUCAAGAAAAAGGCGGCGAAGUAUAUUCCAAAUAUGCUUCAGCAGUGUCUAUCGUUAAUGACAGAACUUAGCGACGAAACUGAAGAAUGGCUUAGUUGCGAUGAUGCGGAUAAUGAGACUGAAGAGGAAAACGUUGGUAUUGGUGAAUCUUCAUUAGAUCGUAUUUCCUGUAGUCUUGGGGGUAAAGCCGUUUUAGCACCUUUCUUGCAGCUUGUCUCGCAGUUGAUUUCUGACCGUGAAAAUUGGAAAAAUAGACAUGCUGGUAUUAUGGGUCUUUCAACCGUUGGAGAAGGGUGUAAGCGUCAAAUGGAGCCUUUGAUACAAGAUAUUGUUAAUAAUAUUCUUCCAUUUUUACAAGAUGAGCACCCACGUGUUCGUUAUGCAGCCUGCAAUGCUCUUGGGCAAAUGUCUAGCGAUUUCGCUCCGACUUUACAAAAGAAGUGCCAUGAGAAGGUCGUUCAAGGUUUGUGCACGCAAUUAAUUGAUCUCACGUGUCCAAGAGUGGCCGCUCAUGCUGGAGCAGCUUUGGUUAAUUUUAGCGAAGAUUGCCCUAAAAGUAUCAUCUCUCUCUACUUGCCACAGGUUAUGGAGAAGUUGGAGUUUGUUCUGGAACAUACUUUUAAACAGCUGCAAGAGUGUGGGAAGAAACUGGUACUUGAACAGGUUAUCACUACUAUAGCAUCGGUGGCUGAUGCUGCUCAGGAUCAAUUUGUUACAUUUUACGACAGGUUAAUUACGCCUUUAAAGUAUAUACUAGAAAAUGCAAAAGCUAAUGAGUUAAAAACGCUCAGAGGGAAGACAAUUGAAUGUAUUUCACUAAUCGGUUUGGCUGUUGGGAAGGAAAAGUUUGGGAAGGAUGCGAAUGAGAUUAUGGAGAUGUUGUUGUCAAAUCAAGCUUACUUCCAAGAUAGUGCUGCGGAUGAUCCAGAGAUAUCUUACAUGAUAAGCGCGUGGGCUCGGAUAUGUAAGAUUCUGGGCGAACAGUUUGCAACUUAUCUUCCGUUGGUUAUGCCGCCUGUUAUGCGUGCUGCCUCUUUCAAGCCUGAUGUGGCAGUCAUGGAUGAUGCAGACGUUAGUGAUGAAAAGGAAGACCCAGAUUGGAAUUUUGUUCCAUUAGGAGACCAAAGGUUUUUUGGGAUUAAGACGUCGGGCUUAGAAGACAAGGCGACCGCGUGCGAAAUGUUGGUCUGCUAUGCACGAGAAAUGAAAGGAGCGUUUGCUCCUUAUGUGGAGCAAGUGGCUGACUUGAUGCUGUCUCUGCUUAAAUUUUUAUUCCAUGGAAAUGUGAGGUCUGCAGCAGCCGAUUGUCUACCUUGCCUGCUUGAGUGUGCCCGUCCGAGAGGCCAGGAAUUAAGAGAGAGAUUAUGGGCUGCAAUAUUACCUGCUUUUCAAAAGGCAAUCGAGGAGGAGAACGAUUUGGAUGUCUUAGCUGACCAUCUUCAUGGACUUGGCUUGUGUGUUGAAGAAUUGGGAAGAGAGCUUGUUACGGAGGAGCAACUGGCUAUUAUAUCGGCCAUUGUUAACAAACAGAUGGUGAAAUACUGGGAGAGAAAAAAUGAAAGAGAAAUCCCCGUUUUAAUGUUUCUGGUUCAAGAAAAGAAAAGGGAUGAGGACGAGGACGAUGAGGACGUAGCAGAAGCGCUAAAUGAAGAAAUUGAAGAGGAGAUUGGUGUGUUGGCAAGGAUAUCAGACAUGAUUCAUUUCCUGUUUAUGACUUUUGGAGAGACGUUCCUGCACUAUUUUGAUGAGCUUGAAGUGCAGUUUGCACCAUUAUUAAACGCUCGAAAUUACUAUGCCGAAAAGCAGUGGGCGAUCUGCAUGUAUGACGAUUUAAUAGAGUAUGGUGGGCCGGGUAGUGUGAAGUAUCAACAGAAGUUUUAUGGACCUAUGAUAACCGCUUUGUCUGAUGAAAGUCCAGAAGUUCGCCAAGCUGCUGCUUAUGGUUUUGGUAUAAUGGGUCAAGUGGGUGGACCCAACUACGCUGAAGCGUGUGCUGAUGCUUUACCACAUCUUGCUGAAACAGUUAAUCGUCAAGAAGCAAGGUCGACUGCAGAAGAUGCAGCCGCUACGGAAAAUGCUAUCAGCGCGGUUGCGAAGAUACUGAAGCACAACUCUUCUUUAAUUGAUGCCAAUGCUGUUAUUCCUGCGUUUCUGAAUUGGUUACCUAUUUGGGAAGAUACAGAUGAGACGCCGUACGUAUAUGGUUAUUUUGCCGAUCUUGUGGAAAGUAAUAGUCCAUUGGUUCUGGGGGAAAACAAUUCGAACUUGCCUCGGAUUCUAACAAUUAUUGUUGAAGCUUUCCAUAAAGGAGCCUUUGAAGAUGCUAUAGAUGCAGAAAAUACAAAAAACAGGCUUAUUCAGAUUGUUAAGUAUCUCCAUUUUCGUGCAGAGAAGUACUCAGGUGAAGAUACUGUUAUUACAGUUAUGCAGGACAUUGUUGCUUACUACAGGCUCCAAGGGUUUCAGGCUGAUGAAAACAUGUUCCGAGCGGUUGUAACGUCAGCAAACCUGAGUGAGCCUUUGAUGACUACUUUGCAACGUCUACUAGCGUACUAA